GCGCCCCCUGGCGGUCGCGGGCGGCCCCGCAGCCCCGCCCGGCGCUGACGUGUCGCAGCCACGUGCGCGGAAGCGGCGGCGGGGCCGGGCUGGGGGCGCGGCGUGAGCUGCGGGGCCGGAGGUCGGUGCGGGACCGUCGGAGCGGAGCGGAGCCGCGAUGCCGCUCAAGGCCGUCAUCCUUAUCGGGGGCCCACAAAAGGGGACUCGGUUCCGGCCGCUGUCCUUCGAGGUGCCCAAGCCGCUCUUCCCCGUGGCCGGUGUGCCCAUGGUGCAGCACCACAUCGAGGCCUGCGCCAAGGUGCCCGGCAUGAAGGAGAUCCUGCUGAUGGGCUUCUACCAGCCCCACGAGGCCCUCAGCCGCUUUCUGGUGUCAGCACAGCAAGAGUUCAAGAUCCCCAUCAGGUAUCUUCAGGAGUAUGCAGCACUGGGCACAGGUGGUGGCAUCUAUCACUUCCGAGACCAGAUCCUGUCAGGUGGUGCUGAGGCCUUCUUUGUCCUCAAUGCAGACGUGUGCUCAGAGUUCCCCUUACAGGAAAUGCUGGAGUUCUGGCAGCAGCAUGGAGACGUGCACAGCUUUGUCAUUCUGGGUACCACAGCCAACAGGACACAGGCACUGAAUUACGGCUGCAUCGUGGCGAACGCGGACACGCAGGAGGUCCAACACUAUGUGGAGAAGCCCAGCACGUUUGUCAGUGAGAUCAUCAACUGCGGCAUCUACCUCUUCACACCUGCCAUCUUCCAGCAUAUUGGCGAGGUCUUCCAGAGGAACCAGCAGGAGCUAGCACUCUGUCCUUACCUUGGAGAGGAAAGCUCCAAUGGCUGGCAGCGUGCAGAAGUGAUCCGGCUAGAGCAGGACGUUUUUACAGCACUGGCUGGAAGUGGCAAACUCUAUGUCUACAAAACUGAUGGCUUCUGGAGCCAGAUCAAAUCAGCUGGCUCUGCUAUCUAUGCCAGCCGCCUUUACCUGAACCAGUACAGCAAAAGCCACCCAGAGAGACUGGCCCAGAACAAACCUGGAGGUCCUGUCAUCCGAGGGAAUGUGUACAUCCACCCGACAGCUUCCAUUGACAACACUGCAGUGUUGGGCCCCAAUGUCUCCAUUGGGGAGGGGGUGACAGUGGGAGCUGGUGUGCGUGUGCGAGAGUCCAUUGUCCUGCACGGCGCCUCACUCCACGACCACACCUGUGUCCUCAAUACCAUUGUGGGCUGGGACAGCACCAUUGGGCGCUGGGCCCGGGUUGAAGGAACGCCCAGUGACCCCAACCCCAAUGAUCCCUAUGCCAAGAUUGACAGCGAGACCCUUUUCCGGGAUGGACGCCUCACGCCAUCCAUCACGAUCCUGGGCUGCAGUGUCACCAUCCCUGCUGAGGUCGUUAUUCUCAACUCCAUUGUCCUUCCUCACAAGGAGCUGAGCCGCAGCUACAAAAACCAGAUUAUCCUGUGAGUCAGGGGCCAGCACCAGCCACCCACUCCCUGCUGUGCCCCGCAACAAGAGCCUGUGCCCUCUUGGGAGGUUCCCAGUACCCCCAAAGGAGUAGGUACAGGCCAGGAGCCCUGCAAGUGCCUGACUACUGAUCCAGACAGACAUUAAAGCUGGUGAGCAUCAGCCUUGCGUGCUGCUUCUCUUGCAGCCCAGGGACCAGCCCCAGGCCAGGGUGAAGGCUUCAGGGACAGCAUGUGACCCUAGCACCAGCCUGCCUACCUGUGCAGGGAGCACUUGCUGCCUGCAGUGUUGUGGAUCCAAUUUUGGGUGUUUCUCCACCAAAGGGCACUAACAGCACCACAUUCCCACUCCUCACCAGGCUCUCCCUGCCUCAUUUGCUGUCUGCAUCUUCCUGGAAGGUCUUGGCCCAUCUUAGAGACCAAGGAGCUUUGAAUGGGCUUGUCCUGUGUAGGCAGCUCACCCCACAGGAGCCAGUUGGGAGCCUCCUGUGAUUUCAUCAGUGUGAUUGCAACUGCCUGAGCUGGGCUCCUGCCUACUACUGGGAAAACAGUGCCAAGCUGUCCUAAGGGUACUGGCACACAAGGGCUGGGUUAGACUGGCAGGCUGCUGGCCCUGAAGGGAACUGCAAGAGCACCCCCUCCCCUAGCACAACCUCUUCCCCCAUGGGCUCAGUGCAAGCCAGAAGAGCUGCCAGCCUUGCCAGGCCUGCUUCUGUCAGGCUGAGACCUGUGCCUGCUGCCUAAGCAGGGCUCAGAGUGAUGGCAGCAAGCCUCUGCCAUCCUGGUGGGCCAAGAGUCUCCUUCACACCAGCAUGGCUGUAGGUUGGGGGGCUCGCUGCCUGUCUCCCUCUUGCACUAGCCACAUUCACAGGGCACCAGAGCAAUCAACUUACAUGUGCGCAGGUGCCAGAGAUGUAGCACCUCGCUUUGUCUCAAAAAUCUGAUUUUUUUGAAGCACAGGCUCUCUACUGUAACCAACACUGCCCUUUAUCCAUUUACCCCCAUUUUUGAGCUCUGUGUUAAAGCCCUGCACUCCACUGAGCGCCCCAUCAUGCCUCUCACCUUCAGUGAGACGCCACAUUAGAUAUUCUCCAUUCAUCCAGUACCACCCCAGCUCAAUGGAUUUGCAGUAAAUCCUUGCUCCCAGCCCUGUGCCUUCCUGUGCCAGUUCUCCUGUGGUCCUGGGUGGGGAUUAGCUGUUCCCUGGCUUUAAGCACAUUAAACUCCUUCAGUUUUGCCUCUGC